AUGAAAGUUCCUCCCCAUGCGACAGCACACAUUUGGUCUGUCGAUAUUGAUAGUGAACAUGUCCUUGUUCGAGACGGGCAUGUUCUGCGCGUAUUCACUCCAAAAUGGCGCCUCAUAGAGCAAAAUAACAAGUCAGAGCAUGAGCUUGAAGUUGACCACUUCGUCAGCCUAAUCGAAACUCUUAUCAGCACUAUUGAUUUCGAGCAAAGUUCAACGGCUUUCUUGCCUAUAAAGUUACUCAUCCGACCUGGGAGCGCCUUAUCGAUGAGCGCGAAAUUGAAAUUACCGAGUGGAUAUGACAUGAAUCGGAGAGGAAGGUGGAACAACACGGACGUCGAAAUCUGGUAUGGGUGGGAAGAUCGCUAUCUGCGGUUCGUGCAGAGGACCAUGGUCUCUCUUGACGCUUUGCGGCAACGUAACUUGGACUUACAUUUCAAGGUACUAGGCCAUCUGGUUCGUGAUGACAAAGUUGUUGGAAUUGUCAUGGAACCAAAUGGUGGCCGUUAUGUCAAGUUCAGUGACCGUGCAUUGGCGUACAACGCAUUUCAAGAGCUACAGAAGCACAAUUUACUCUUGGACUGCCCUCAAUUCAGCUUCUUCAAUAUGAAGAUUGCUGACGGCAAAGUGCGCUUUGAGAGCAGGACUCUUCAGAUCCUGAGAGACGUCUCUUACGAACGUGAUCUAGAGCGAUUGGCGUGGGUCAGAAAAAAUCAUUGGGAUUCUCUAGACCCGAUGAUGGAUAUACUCGAGUCUUUAGCGCGAGCGCGCAAUAAAAAUCCUCAGACAAUUGCGAACGCCGUCCGAGAAAGGGUUGACUGUCGUUUAUUGGCAUACAUACCCUUUCCCGAGCGACCACUCCUCCUUGCUAUCAGCAGCAACCACUACUUCGACAUCAUUCGGAACCAGCAUCAUCGAGCAAACACCCAAAAGAUGCGGUUACCCCUCCUUAGUAAAUGCGGGGAGCAUCCACCAGUGUAGUGACACUUUCCCGUACUUCCCGGCGCCAGCGAGAACGCAAGGACAGGCUUUGUCGGCUUUGGAAUGCACCUUAUUCGUCGGAGUGUUCUGACUUCAGCGACGCGACAUUGAUAUCUGAGGACGACUCACUCCUUACAUAGAGGAAUCUGAUGUCCUUACUCACUUCAUGACUUCAUGAUUUUACGCUUGCUUCUCCGUCGUUUCUUUCUUCGGAUAGCUGGGUUUUCGGAAUCAUAUUGUGUAUCAAUGAUCUUCCUUAUUGCCAUUCUCCUGUGCUUAUGAUUUCAGACUUGAAAUGGCUACGUAC